AUGGCUUCACAGACAAUGACCAAAGAAGGUCUCCGGCGCAGACUCAACGUGUCCACAUCCAACGCCGUAAUCCGACCCCAACAACCUCGCAAGCAGCGCUCUGUCUUCCGCCGCUGUAAACGUUUCGCGUUUAAGCACACGUGGACAAUCCCUCUACUUUCCAUUCUCGCCAUUCUCGCCCUCUACGCCCGCAAUCCCUCAGAAUCAAACAUCCUCCACCACUUCAUCUUCCUCUCCUACAAACAAGAUGACGGGCAGUACGGCAAGGGCCUGUGGGAUAUCGCAUUCGUGUCAUUCUAUGUCAUUGUGCUUUCUUUCACGCGGGAAUUCGUGAUGCAAGAGAUAUUACGCCCGCUGGCGCGAUUACGCAUCAAGUCCCGUGGCAAACAAUCGCGAUUCAUGGAACAAGCCUAUACGGCGAUCUACUUCGCCGUCCUCGGUCCAGCGGGGUUGUAUGUUAUGCGCCAGACACCGGUGUGGUACUUUAAUACCCGUGGCAUGUAUGAGGGAUUCCCGCAUCGGAAGCAUGCCGCGGAAUUCAAAUUCUAUUACCUCUUCGAAGCGGCGUAUUGGGCACAGCAGGCUGUCGUGAUGCUUUUGGGGAUGGAGAAGCCUAGGAAGGAUUUCAAGGAGCUGGUUACGCAUCAUAUUGUCACUUUGGCACUGAUUGCUUUGAGUUAUCGGUUUCACUUUGCGUAUAUGGGUAUUGCGGUUUACAUCACGCAUGAUAUUAGUGAUUUCUUCCUUGCUGUCUCGAAAUCGCUUCACUACUAUGCUCCGGAUAUCAUGAUUCCUUUCUAUGUGGCCUCGAUUGGUUCGUGGGUGUAUCUGCGCCAUGUGCUGAACCUGCGCAUUCUGUAUUCGAUUCUCACGGAGUUCCGCACCGUCGGCCCCUACGAGCUCAACUGGGAGACGCAGCAGUAUAAAUGCUGGAUCUCGAACGUCAUUACCUUUUCAUUGCUGGCCGUACUCCAGGCUUUGAACUUGUUCUGGCUGUACUGCUUGCUGCGCAGUGCGGUCAAGUUCCUGGUCACCGGUGAAAAGAAGGACGAUCGAUCUGAGCCUGAUGAAUCAGAACUUGAAAAUGAAAAGCCCGAUCUCAAGACGAGUGGUGCCAACGGUCAUGCCAACGGCAAUCGGCCGCUGAAUGGGAAUGCGAAGGGUUUCAACAGAGUUGUAUCCUAA